CACAUCCGUAGUUUCUGCGCAUCAUCCUGCCCACGAAAACAUGAACAUCCCCAAAAGAUAUAAGCCCUACGUGGGCUUGAAAGAGUAGUUCAACUCCAAACCCCCUCUGAUUUGGUCAUUUACAAACGCAACAUUAUGUUCGGCCUUCUCCGCGCCUUUCUCGGCGCGACAAACUUCCAUUCACCUUUGCUCCGCACUGUUGUGCCCACCGUAGGAGCAGCUUUUGCAAUUCAGGCAGCCGUUUCAGUGCCUUCCAUUCUCGCGCAGACCGAGAGGUUUUACGACCUUUCAGGGUCGCUGACAUAUCUUUCAUGUACGGCAUUGAGCCUUUAUCUUCCCGUGCUGCGAGCGAGGGCUGCCGCAGGUGGCGCAGGAGCUGUUGCGCUUGGAUGGCCUAGCAUCGUCAAAAGUUUGAAGGGAAAGAGUCUCGCAGAGGGCGCGUUUUGGGACUGGAGACAACUCGUUGUGAGUGCGGCAGUUGGUGUUUGGGCAGCCCGGUUGGGAUCCUUCCUUUUCUCUAGGAUAACAAGCGACGACGGAAAGGAUUCGCGCUUCGAUCGCAUCAGAUCCUCCCCGCCCAAAUUUUUCGGAGUGUUCAUGGCCCAGGCAGUAUGGGUAAGCCUGGUGCUGCUACCCGUCACUGCGCUCAACGCAAUCCCGCCCACCACAUUUGCAUCUAUACCAUACUUCACUCCUGGCACAGUACUGGGAGUCGCCAUGUGGAUCUUUGGUUUCUUCUUCGAAGUCACUGCAGACCUUCAGAAGAGCCAAUGGUCCAAAGAGAAGAAGGAGAAGAAACACUCUGAGGAGUUUCUCACGAGAGGUCUCUGGAGUAAGAGCAGGCACCCCAAUUACUUUGGCGAGAUCACGCUCUGGAGUGGAAUUGCACUCACUGCGGCAAGCAUUCUUACGUCUUCUGCUGGACAGAAAGCGCUAGGCUGGUCAGGAUCGCCCACUGCACGUCUUGGCGCCAUACUGCUAGCCGGUGCAAGCCCUGCUUUCACUGCAUUCUUGCUUAUCAAAGUUUCUGGUGUUCCCCUAAGUGAGAGCAAGUAUGAUAAAAAGUACGGAGACAGAAAGGAUUACCAGGAGUGGAAGAAGAAUACACCGAUGCUGAUCCCCAAAUUGUAAAUUAGUAUUGUGAUCUACCUCCUCACGUGCUAUGGAACAGUUGAAAAGAUGUAUAUUCUGCCAUAUCAGUGCUAAGUUUUUAAAAACCAUGAAAUUCGAAUUCAAAUCGGGCCGUCACUGUGGAUUGGGCAGUGAAAUUAAUUACAGACCAGCAAUCAUGAGCAGCUCCAGCCGCCGCAAUGUUGGCCGACAAAUGCGACAACAAUGCGCGCACCAGCACCUACUAUGCCUAUUAAUAAUAACAAUUUUAAGACUUGAGCUAAAUGCGUGUCUCAAUCUAGCACGCCCUUAGAUCUAGGCCCAUUCCUG